AUGACACGAUUCCCUUCGGUAUGGGACACGGCACGCGCAUCGGUUCCCUUCGGCACAGGACGCGAUACACGUACCAACUCCCUUAGGCACGGGACGUGGCACGCGUACCGGUUCCCUUCGCUACAGACGGGGUACGUGACGCAAUUCCCUUUGCCACAAGACGCGUUACGCGCACCGAUUCCCUUUGACAUGGGACGCGGUACGCAUACUGGCUCCCUUCGACACGGGACGCGAAAUGCGUACCGAUUCGCUUCAGCACGGGAUGCGGUACGCGACGCGAUACCCUUCGGCACGGAAUGCAGCACGUGCAUCGGUUCCCUUCAACACGGGAUGCGGUACACGUACCGUCUCCCUUCACCAUGGGACGCAACAUACGUACAGGUUCACUUCGGCAUGGAACGCGGUAUGCGACGUGAUUCCCUUCGACACAAAACGCGGCACGCACACCAGUUCCCUUCGGCAUGGGAUCCCGUACACGUACCGGAUCCUUUCGACACUGGACACGACACGCGUACUAGCUCACUUCAGCACGGGAUGCGAUACGUGAAUCUGAGCCCUUCAACAAACGACACAAUGAAAAAGUCCUAA